AUGGGGCUCAAGGCACCUUACGAAGGCGGCUUUGGCGUGGGGCAUGGGCAGCAGACGUUCACAAGGGGCAUUGACAUAUGUGCUGAGCCUAUCUCCUCCGGCGGAACGGUGGUAUGGAUGGACACGGAAGGCCUCUUUUCCUCCGAGGAUGCCCGAAGCUCUUAUGGACCCAAGAUCUUCAGCUUGGCACUAUUAUUCUCCUCCGCAGUGUUGCUUAACAACCUCAAGGUGCUCAAUCAGCAGUUCUUCGUCUUCUUCGAGGAGCAACAGCAGGUUGCACGGAUACUGCGAGAAGGGCUGCGCUCCGAAGGUCUUCAGAGUGAGAUGCUUCUGGCAGAUAAGUUGCCGCUUGUCUGGGUUCUACAGCAGCCGAUCAACUUCACCGCAACUGUGGAGGCCAGCCAGCAGCAGCUUGAUGCUUUCAUUACGAUCGAGGACCAGGCCAGGCAGAGGGUUCGUGAAGACUUCCGUCACUCCAUCCACGAGGCGCCAAGGGACCAUUGGGACGCACGGGACAGAUGCGGUACAGGCACCACUAGCAGUUGUUGCGACGCUGUCCAUUUUGCUUGGCAGGUGCCGACUGCAACACACGACUCUCGUCAAUGGCCGAAGCUGGACCAGGUCCCGGACGAGGAGCUUGAUCGGGGCUGCUUCGCCAUUUGGGGCUGUGGCUUCGAAACCAGAUGCGCCUACUAA